GCGGAACUUACAGUAAGCUUCAACAUGGCUGCGUCCUUAGACGAUGAUGUCGAGUUCAAUAACCAGGAUUACUACUCGCUACUCAACGUGAGGAAAGAGGCGACUCUGGAGGAGCUGAAAGCAUCGUAUCGGAGGCUAUGCAUGCUCUACCAUCCUGACAAACAUCGCGACCCUGAGUUGAAAAUACAGGCUGAACAGCUUUUCAACCAGGUACACCAAGCCUUUGAAGUGCUAAGUGAUCCUCACGCUCGAUCGAUUUAUGACCUCUUUGGGAAGAAAGGUUUGGAAGUAGAGGGUUGGGAGGUGGUGGAACGGAAACGAACACCGGCAGAAAUUCGUGAGGAGUAUGAACGUCUUCAACGAGAAAGAGAAGAGAGGAAGCUGCAGCAAAGAACAAACCCCAAGGGCACCAUCAGCGUGGGUGUGGAUGCGACCGACCUCUUUGACCGUUACGAUGAGGACUUUGAGGAGACGCCAGGGGGAGGUUUUCCUCACCUUGAGAUCAACAAGAUGCACAUCUCACAGUCCAUUGAGGCCCCUUUGACGAACUCUGACACAGCGGUGCUCUCUGGCUCGCUCUCGACACACAAUGGCAACGGAGGGGGCAACAUCAACAUGACUGUUCGGAGGCUUACAUCUGCUAAAGGCUGGGGAGAGGUGGAGUUUGGGGCAGGAGACAUAUUAGGACCUCUUAUUGGACUGAAGGUGUUUCGUAAUGUCACACAGCGAUGUUUCUUGACAGCGCAGUGCGGCUUGCAGUUUUCCCCCCGUGGCUUACGCCCCAGCUGUUCUUUGAUGACAGCACGCCACCUGGAUCAAAACACGAUGGGUUAUCUGCAGUGGCGCUGGGGGCCCACCAGUGCCAUGACCACGAGCGUGGUGCGCGACACCAAGAGCAGUCACUUCACUCUAGCUGUACAGCUUGGUGUUCUGCACUCCUACCUCAUGAUGAGCUACCAGUACAAGUUCCAAGACGAGGACCAGACCAAAGUCAAAGGUUCGGUCAAGACAGGCUGGUUCGGAACGGUGCUGGAAUACGGAGCAGAGAGGAAGAUCAGUCGCCACAGUGUUCUGUCAGCAACCGUCAGUGUCGGCGUCCCUCAGGGAGUCACGCUGAAGAUCAAGUUGGCGCGUGCCAGUCAGACGUAUCUGUUUCCAGUCCACUUGACGGACCAGGUGCUGCCCAGUGCUGUGUUCUAUGCUACGGUGGGGCCGCUGCUGCUCUACAUGGCCGUCCACAAAUUUGUCAUCAUCCCCUACACGCGAGCGCAGAAGGAAGAGGAGUUGGAGCUGCAGAGGAAGAGCUCAGCCACAGACAUUGCCAAGAAGAAGCAGGAGGCUGAGUCCGCUGUUCUGCUGAUGCAGGAGUCUGUGAGGAGGAUUAUAGAGGCAGAAGAAUCCAAGAUGGGGCUGAUCAUCCUGAAUGCCUGGUAUGGAAAGUUUGUGUCCGACACCAGCCAGAAGCAGGAGAAAGCCAAAGUCAUUGAUGUGACCAUGCCGUUGCAAUGCCUGGUCAAGGACUCCAAACUCAUCCUCACAGAGACUUCCAAGGCGGGCUUGCCGGGCUUCUACGAUCCCUGCGUGGGAGAAGAGAAGGCCCUCAAAUUGCUCUACCAGUUCCGAGGAGUCAUGCACCAGGUCAUCUCCGCAGACAACGAAGCGUUGCGGAUACCCAAGCAAUCUCACAGGAUUGAAAGUGAAUCCUAGGAGCCACAGAGCACCAAAAGGCAAUGAAGGAACAAAUGCACUUUUUGGACUUUUUUUUAUCCGGCCUUUGGUCCUCCUCUGUGGUGGUAAUAGUGAAUCUUUUAAGUCCCUCCACUCCUUUUUUUUUCCUACAAAGCGACUCCCAGCUGUGGAGCUAAAGUAUCCGCUGGGAGUUUGCAGCGCACGUCUGCUUGACACUUGACAGAGCGCCACAAAUAUCAUCUGUCCACCGAAGAAGGACCGAGUAGCACUCAACAGAAGGGCCAAUCAUGAUGGUGCCAGCGGUGAUUGGUCAAAGUUUUGCAGGCAGAUGUCAAGUUUCAUCACCGUGUCAAGUAUGCAGUCACGCAAGGAGAAGUGCGCUUCUACUUCCAUUGUGGACUUUAUUCAUCACCCUUUGUCCUUCGGAACAUUUAUGAUGUAUCACAGCGUCUAAUAUACUCACCAUGCAAACUGGAUUAAGUCAUAGGAUGACUCGGACUGAAGGGUACUUUUUGUUAAGGUCACGUCGACGUGUGUUACUUCAUGUGUGCGCCCCACUUUGGUGUCACUGUGUGUAAAUGUGUGAAAAAUAGGAUAUUAGGGAAACGGAAGUGACAGCGUGCUUACGAUGGUGCUGAUCUGGCCGUUGUGGGAAAUGGUCAUCUGCUGUCAUUCAAAUUCUGGGUUCUACGUUAUUAGUUGUGUUAGUAGCAAUAGUUUUUUUUUUCAUUUUGGCUGCUACUAACACAUAAGCUUUGAUGCAAAUGUUUACUUUUAUUUAACGUUUUCAUCGUGAAUAUUGGACAGAAGGAUCCAGCUCCUCUGGAAUGGAUUUCACUUAAUUGUUUUGAGAUGAAAUGUUGGCUGAAUCAGCAGAGAGCAUAUGAGUCAUAUCUUAAUUUUAUUUUAUUUUUUUCUUCUGUCUCAAUAAUUGCACUUUCUCCACAUAAUGUGCCCCCUUGAGUUUGGAGGUGUUCUCUCAAAUGUUAUUCUUUCUAACAAUUAUUUGUGAUUAUAGGCAUUAUAAUAGCAAUUAUAAUCAAGACUGUAAUAGAAGAAAAUAUUAAAUAUUUUUGCGCUGAAAUGAUUGAAUGCUGCAAAUAAUUCUGGUUAUAAGGGGAAGUAAUUUAGUGCUAACAUUUUCAGACAGUUGUAGAAUUACAAUCGAGUACAGAUCCUGUUUCUUAUAUUUAGGAGACCUUAUUCAACCAUGGGAAGAAAAAAACUAUUCAAGCAGUUCGACCCCACAUAUUAUCACCAUAUUAAAUUACAGACAUUAUUUUUGUUUUGGAAUUGCGCGUGUACUUAAUGUUGUGACCGAGUGAGUUCUUUUGGCAGGUGUUGUGCUCAUGUCUGCUGCAGCGUCACUUUCAGGUCAGCAUGAGAAAAGCACCCGAACUGUUACAUUCCAAGCCAUUCCUAAAAUGUCCCUAUGUAGUACAAAAUAAAUUGUAGUGUUUGCUCUCAUCUGUAACUACUACAAUAAAUUCAAUUCAGAAGUA